UUUUGUUUGAUUUACAGGGAUAGGAGAAGUACAAAUCUCCUUGGUACAUACAAGGAAUCACAUUCAGAUGAUAUUACACAGAACAAUCCUUUUGUCAUAAAACAGGUCAAAUUUCACCCCACCAAAUCAUCAAGUUUAGCCACAGGAUCAACCGAUGGGCUUGUCUGUGUGUUUGAUACGAGUCAAACGAAUGAGGAAGAUGCCCUUGUGACGACGCUCAACGCUGAAUCAUCAGUGAGCCAUAUUGAUUGGUGUGGAACAAAUAGUGAAUAUCUCUACUGCUUAACUCAUACGGAAACCAUCAGAAUAUUUGAUGCUGUUGAGUCGUCAGAAAUUACCAAAUUUGACUCAGUAAGGGAAUCAUUAAAGGAGGAUCUAUGUAAGGUGGACUAUCUGGUUGAUUGUUUCUAUCAUUCUGGUCUUAAGUCAUUAGUAGUUCUAGGAGGAACAGUAAGCGGUGACUUGCAUCUUCUAACUGUUGGAAGAGAUAGACUUCAUUUUGUACAUUCAUUGAAAGGAACUCAUAAAGGAGUAGUAAGGUGUCUUCACUGGGAUGAUCAGACGGAGACAUUGAUCACAGGGGGAGAAGAUUCUGUGGUAUCGUCGUGGCAACCUGAUAGGAAUGCCAAUCAGUCAUCAACGAAGAAGAGCACACCAGCACCGACGAGUAGGAUUCGGCAAGGAAGGAGAGCAGAGAAAAGAGGCUCACCGGUCAAGAGCCAACCUGAGAAAAUUGCCAAAAGACUACAGAGGAUGAAAAUACAGCAUGGAUCAAAACCAUAUUCACCCUAAACCUGAAAUCAAAACACACUAGUUAUCACUCAUGUCUCAAUGUUUGGUUCUGUCACCUUUUGGCUGCUCUGUAAAUGUGUCUUAUAUGUAUUGUAAAUUUUUAUUGUUAAAGGAAUGUGCAAUAUCAAAUGACAUUUUUUUCAGUUUCAUUGUCAAUUGCUUUCCUGAUAUUGAAUGAAAGGUUACUGCACUAUCACAAUUAGAAUCUCUUCAAAUUCUUGAUUUUAAACAGUACCUAUUAAAUUGAAAUAUCACUUUGUAGAAUCUGGAAGGUUGCUUGAGCUUGCCAGAUAUAACAACUGGCAAUGCAUGCAGACUGCUAAGUAGUUAAAAUACUUAUAUCCAUGAACUUGAGAAUGCUAGUGAAAUGGUCCAUUCUUUUCAGAUCUCACCCUGAAAAGGGGAUUUUUUUGUCAAUAAUGAUGAUGUAAGAUUUCAGUGUAAAUGUUGGUCAUACGUGGUAUUGUAUGUGGUGCUGUACAAAUGUUUGUACAGUCAUACCUUGUAGAGUGUCUCUAUAGAUGUUCACUGUAUAUGUAUACUUGUAUUGUAUGGUUCUCAUGUGAGCUAUUUAUCCUAAGAUUCUAAUUAAUCUUGAUCAAAUAUAUUGAUAUAGGCUUAAUACUGCUUAUGAAUAUUGAUGGUUGUAAUGAAUUCAUAUUCCCUUUUUUUCAUUCUAGCAUCAGAAUUGUCUCAACACUAUUAUUCCCAACACUAUUAUUCCCAACACUAUUAUUCCCAAUUUAGACAAAUAUAAAUGGAAUAGGGGUCUUAUACUAUUGUAUUUUGAAUUUCUUUUGAAUUAAGGAAUUCUGGCAGAUAUUUUUGUGAUUUUAUUGCACUUGAAUAUUUUCUUUAAAUUUUCUGGCGUAACACAUUUGGAUAUGUUCACACCUACUAUUAACUCACAUAACACUGUAUCACUGUGCAUCCAUAUUUUGUUUAGAUUAGAAUGAUCAGAAUUGUUUUAUUUCAAAUUUUCGAUUCCAUUUAUCACUAGCAUUUUAUAUUAUUGGGGACAAGAAUUUACAGUCAACCCUUCGUACCUCUUAUUCAGUCAAGUUAUACAGAAAGAUUGACUAUUUUUGUUUGUCAACGAUUCCAUGAUUCAUAAUACAGGGCUGGUCACAAUGUUGCUGGAGUUGCUUUCAGUUCUUCUUAAGUCCUGGACCUAACAAGCCUAAGCCGAGUGUUGUGAUAACUGGACAACCUGUCUAGACCUGGACUAAUUAAGACAUGAUUCUGAUCACUGGACAGCUUUUUCUAAUUAUGCAGAUGUCCUGGACCAAAAUGAAUAUAAGACUGUGAUAUACUGGACAACAUUAGUCCAGGACCAAUGGUUUAAGGGGUGUGAUCAUUGAAGAUCAUGUCAUUAUUCAGAAGUCCUAGACCACAUGAACAUGCACACAAAAUGAAUUGAUGAGCCAAUCUGUCGGGUUCAUAUGGAUCUGUAACCAAAUAAUUGAGAGUGAAUGUAAGAAACCCUGUCUCUAGUUCAAUUUCAUGAGAAAUGCUGGUAAUUACUAACUGAAGAGAAAAAUCUGGUGCAAUACUUACCAUGUGAUACUGGGUUAUUAACCUGUUAAGUUAUAGCCUGAGAAGUUAAACAUUAUUCCAGAGGUAUUAUUUUCAAUUAUUUGAUGAGUUUAAUCCAUUUGAAAUAUAUAUAAUGAAUGAAAGAGGAAACAUUGAAUGAUAUCAAACAAGAUUGUUGUCUGCUAGUUUCUUUCAUCCAGAAGAAGCCAUAUAAAAUCCUCUUUUUUUUUCAAAAACAAAAAAAUUACUACUGAUCUUGAAUGUUUUUUAAUGAGGAUAAGAAAAAAAAUACUAUUAUGCUACAUGUAUUUGUUCUCAUUUACUUAUUUACAAUCAAUGUAUUUUAAUUUUCAUACCAUGUUCUUUGAAUUAGCAGAGUUGUUUAUUCACAUAUUGGCUGAUUAUUUAGGUUGCUUUUGUGAUUCCGAAUGAGUCAGAUGUGAUUGAAUUAAGCUGAUGUAGUCCAUUAAUCUCAAUUAAUAUUCAUUUACACACUAAGCUAAGUAGCUAUGUCAGCUGUCCUCUUCAUUACUUCAGCUUAACCAUUUUUUUACAAGUGAGUAUUUUAAUCAAUGUAGGAUACAAUGACUAAUCAGUUUAUAUUGUGGAUUCUGAAUAUAUCUAGAACAAAGACUUUUAAUACUCAAUCUCUCAUUGAUAAUACUAUUAUAUAUUAAGCAAUUCUAUGUGUUUUCAAUUUGUAUACAUUCCUUGAGUUUUUGAGGCAUUAUCGUAUGAAUUCAGUCAUCUAGUGUAAUCAAUAUGACUGAGUAAUACAAUUAAUGUGGUAUAUUGAUUUGAAGUCUAGUUGUAUUCUGUAUUUUCUAAUUAUUCACAUCCAUAUAGGAGGCAGGCUGAUCCCUCCCUCUAAAAAAGGUAUAAGUUUUCAAUGACCAUGUGGACUGCAGGUCAAGAAGCUAUUGUUAUUACUUUUUGGUAGAAAGUAAAGUAUUUAUGUUCCUGUGUUAUAAAGCACGAAGACCAUGGUUUGAGCUGGCCCAUUUUGGCGGGGGCACUGUCACCUCUAGAAUUUGAUAAUUUUGCAGUGCUUCCCUUAAAAUCAUCUUGUAUAAGAAUGGCCUUUAGUAUUUUCAAUAAGGUUAUUUCAAAGCAUGAGCAGACUCAAAAUACAUUAAAAAUUUGGUAAAAAAAUUAAUGAUCUUGGUGUCAAUUAGCUCGGAAAAUAAUGUCCACAUUCCACAGGGUUUAGAAAAAAAAGCUUGUCACUUUUUAUAUAUCGUUUAAGCAUUUCUGAAGUUGAAUUGUAUUAUUGUUGUAUGAACUGCACCUCCAUUAUGAAUUUAUGUGAUCAAUUAUUUUGUACCCUCUUCUAUGAAAAUCAAUUUCAAUUCAUCAAUGCAAAAUACAAUCAUUAUGAUCUUUUAAAAUAUAAUAUGUUUAAUCUCUUGCCACUCGUGGACAUAAGUUUGCAUUUUUAUUAUUGCUGAUGUUUUAUUGUUUCGGUGUUAUUUUUAUAUAUGUUGUGUGUUUUAACUUGAUAAUAUUUGCAUUUUCUUUUUGAUUGGGUUAAAAGGAUUUGAUAAUGAUAUGUUCUUUUCUGACUAGUGUGUGAUAAAUGUUUGAAAUCCUAAAAAUGGAUCUCCAUAUUUCACCAUAAAUCAUCCUGUUAAGUUAUGGAUUAAUUAAGCUUGUUAAUUCAGUUCUUUUUAUCCAUUUUUCUACCAUAGUUUCAGGACACAUUUUAACUUUUUCAUCAAUAGAGCUAGAACCAUAGCAAUAAGGAUUUAGUAAUAAACAUGAAACAGCCAGGAUAUUAUUUUUAUUUGAAUUACAUGAUAGAUUGUUAGAUCCUGGACAAAUUUGAUAGUUUUAUACAAAAUUAUUGAUAUUGUCUCGGUCAUUAUACCCCUCUCUAUAUACCACUGCACCACCAUACAUUUUGCACCCUCCUUUCCCCUACCCCUUCCCCACCCUUCUUUCCCCCACCCUUUCCCCACCCUCCCAAGUUAUCAUCGAGUGAUGUGUAACUAAUCUGUGAAAACUUAAUUUAAUUUAAUACCAAAAAUACAUUUAUUCCAUCGUUGUAUUGACCGCAGCAUCUAGGUAAUUAUGUCCGUCUUCUAUUUCAUCUCCCCUCCACUUCUUUGACCUUUCCUUUCUUGUCUCCCCUUCUAAGUUCCCUCUUCUCUCAUUAUCUUCUUCGCUUCUUUUCUUUUCCCUUCUUCCCUUCUCUUCUCCCUGCCCCCUACUCUUCUCCCAUUCUUCUCUUCCCCCUUCUUUUGCCCUUUCCCUCCUAUUCCCACUUGAGUCAUAACCGUUUUGUGAUAAAGCUUCCUGAUAGUACAAACACUUGAAUGUUGAAUUCCAAUUCUGUUUGAUCAGUCGAUAUUCUCAAUAUCAAAAUAGAGCAACCUGUCAAGUCCAAAAGUAGAGGUUCUCUCUUGUUACUCUACACCCCCCCCCCAUUCUCCCCCCCCCCCUUCCCAUUAAUUUCCCCUCACCUCCCUUUUGCCACAAUGUUUUUUUAUUAUUGUUAUUACACUGUGUAUUUAAAAUGGCUUUGUAAUAAACCUCCUUGGUUGUACAAUUUUAUUUGAAAAAUUCCAAUUCAUAAGUUCCAUUUCGAUAUAUUUUUUCAGAUUUUCUGUCAAGAUCGAAAGAUUGUUUUCCUCAUUUUUUUUUUUCAAUUUGCAUUUGGAUACUUUUUAUAUACUAUUUCUCUCUAUUUUUCAGUAAAUUCAAAUCAAAUUUAUUCACACCAUCAUUUGUUUUGUAUGGGAAUUUCUUGUUGAUUUGAAAUCAUUAGGUCUUCCAGUAAGUAGGAAGAUAGCAUUUUACUGCAAGAAAUGGGGUGCAGGAGAGAGUGAAAGCUUGUCUUCAAUAUUUAGAGGUUGGUGAAAACUUUUCAUGGUCAUGAUCUCCCCUAAUCAAGUAAUGUUGUUGUACUUGUUCUCCUUAUUGGUUCUUUUUUUCAUAUCUUACCACCUGGAUAAAAAAGCUUUGAAUUUCUUGAGGAUUAUGUAAGUCAAAUGAAAUCUAUUUGUAGUUUGAAUCUUUGGUUUCAGCUGUAUUAUGUGUUUCUUAAAGAAUCAAUUUUCCUAUUAUGACAUGUAAUUGUAUACAUUCUAUGAUGAGAUGGAAUAUUUAUUGUCAUUGAAAAAUAUGUACAGAUGUAAGUAUGUUAUCUAUUUUGAUUUUAUAUAUUCAUAUCACUUAUCUAAAGAAACAAAUAUUCAUGUAUUUGAUAGUAUAUAGAGAAUAUUAUACUUAUCCACUUGUAUGUAUGUAUACAAGAAAAUCAUUGUAAGAUGUCAAUAUAUAUCACAUUCAAAUGAUACACAGUUUUUAAUUUUAUUACAGUACAUUUUUAGAUUAUUCUAUUCAGUCAUCAAAACUUAUACACUUGGCCUGUUCCCUUUUUUCUAAAAAUGUAAAAUUCAAACCCUUUCAACUUAGAGAUUGUAUUGAAUCAGUUGGUGAUUUCAAGUUUGUUGUUGGUGUUCAGAGUUUGAAUCUGGCUGCCUGACUGACCAUGGGUUAAAAAAAUGAUUCCAAUCAUAUUGAUAUCUUAAUACUGAGAUUUUAAGUUCUCUGUUUGGUGUAAAAAUCUGCUUAACACCAACUGUCAACACCCAACUUGAAUCACCCUGUUAUACUUUUUAAAGAUUGAUUUCUAUUACACAUUCAUCUUCAUACACACAUAUAUAAGUUAUCAUAACUACAAUGAUAAACCAUUUAUAGAUUUUGUUCCAUGAAUAUUUUUGUAAAGGCCACCGCACAUCGUAUGAUUGGUCAGUGACCCAAUUUUGGAAUAAAAUGUCGUAAAAUUCUAUGUGAAUAUUGAAACAUGGAACAUUUUAAUGUUUAAAGUUUUAAAACAUCAUACAAAUACUAAUGUUCAAAUCUGUGACUAUGCUACCAUCUUUAUUAGAGUAAAAGUGAAUAGAAUAUUUAGUCGUAAUGACAUAUAGCAGUCGAAUGAUUGGCUACGAUUCUGUGUUAAUUUUGCUUUUACUCCAAAAUAAAGGCUAGCUAUCAUACAAAAUUGUUACACAAGUUUUCUUACACUUAAUUUUAACCUAAAAUAUACUGGUACUUUAUGUUCAUAUUUUCAGAAAAUUAACAAAAUGCGAUUUGUUAAAAAAUUGGAUAGUGGACCAGUUGUUAGGUGUGCGGAGACCUGACACAACAUAAUGAAAGACUGAUGACCCUUUCUUAGGUAUUAAAUCAGAUUCUCAUUUCAUUUGAUUUUCCAUUAGUUACAGUUGAAAUCCAAUCUUUUUAGUCACAGAUCGCAAACAUCUUGAUGGAAAAUUCAAUAUUUUUUCGAAAUUUGUUUUAGGGUCGUAAAAAAUGCAUUACCAUUGUAUUAAUACCGAAAUCUCCAGCGUUGCCAGGUGUAUGAUUUAUCAUAAUUGUACAUUGUAAAAUUAAUAAUUUUUAAAAAGGGCAAAUGAAUGAUAAUAUCAACAAUAGUAUUAUGUUUUGCAUCAUAGACAUGCAAUUCAUAAUGAUUUUGAUUUUGGUAAAAAAUUUGUUCGCAUAUAAUUUUGAAAGACCUUUGCGUUCCAUAAUCAAAUAAAAAAUUAGAUGACAAUCAAAAUAAACACUUGGUCUAAUUUCAAAAUGGAAUAUACUCAGGAUCGCAUACAGUACACCAUCUCACAUUCACUCUGGUAUUGUUUCUCCUAUGAAUAAUUGGUAUGUAGUGUGGUAUGAUAAUUUUCUUUAAAAAAAAACCAAUAAUUUUUAGUUUGGUAUGAUAAUUUAACAUUCUGAACCUGGCAAAUCUGGGUAUUUUAUUUAGCCAAAGAAAGGGUCACCAGUUGUUCAUUAAAUGGUGCAACAAUCAACUUUAUGAAAUUGCCCCCUGUAUUUAAUUUCUUGGAGCCCCUCAAUGAACACCAGUCAUUUAAGCAACAAGAUAGAUUGCGUUAAGUGUCAAAGCUAUAAAUUGUUUUAAUACCAUAAUUGUAUUUCCAUUAUCAUGAUAAUUAACAUUUUAUUAGAUAGGCAAACCAUGACGUCUUCUUCAAAUCAACUUAUGUAAUAAAGUGUUCUAAUGAUUGAUGUACUGAUGUGCAUUUUUUUAAACAAUAUAUAUAUAAAUUAAGUUAUAUUAAAGGGGUUCAUUACAACAGUAUUUGCAUUGAUCUUUGAUUGUUAAUGUAUUAUAAUCACACAGAGAAAUAUUGAUAUUGAGAUCAGCUAUGAAAACAUUUGAAAAUUCAUUAUACUAGCAUACGAGAUCGAUAUUUAAAAGCAUAAAGAUCUUUGAAAAAAAUACAUGAAAUAAAUAGAUAUAUGCCUUUGUGUUGAUUUCAAAAAAUAUAUUAUAUUUCUUAAAUACAUUCAUUCUUUCUGCUUCAGUUGUUUGAGUUUAUGUACAAAUAAAAAAAGAAACGCAUAUUAUUCAAAUAAUGUGUAUUUUGAAAUAAACAUAAAAUCUAUAA